AUGGAAGCAGUGAUCUCCAAUGAACACUCACCCAAACUCCAGAUCCGGAGUCACAGUUACCUGAGGGCAGUAAGUGAAGUCUCUAUCAACCGAAGUCUGGACAGCCUUGACCCUGCAGGCUUGCUCACGUCACCGAAGUUCCGCUCCAGGAAUGAGAGCUACAUGCGAGCCAUGAGCACCAUUAGCCAGGUGAGCGAGAUGGAGGUGAACGGGCAGUUUGAGUCCGUGUGUGAGUCGGUGUUCAGCGAGCUGGAGUCGCAGGCGGUGGAAGCCCUGGAUCUGCCCAUGCCCGGCUGCUUCCGCAUGCGCAGCCACAGCUACGUGCGGGCCAUCGAGAAGGGCUGUUCCCAGGACGACGAAUGCGUGUCCCUGCGCUCAUCCUCCCCGCCGCGCACCACCACCACGGUGAGGACCAUCCAGAGCAGCACCGGUGUCAUAAAACUGAGUUCUGCCGUUGAAGUGUCAUCUUGCAUUACAACAUAUAAGAAGACACCACCUCCAGUCCCACCCAGAACUACCACGAAACCUUUCAUUUCUAUCACAGCCCAGAGUAGCACAGAGUCUGCGCAGGAUGCCUACAUGGAUGGACAAGGCCAGAGAGGAGACAUUAUCAGCCAGUCUGGUCUCAGCAACUCCACGGAAAGCCUGGACAGUAUGAAGGCUCUGACAGCCGCCAUCGAGGCUGCAAAUGCUCAGAUCCAUGGCCCUGCAAGUCAACAUAUGGGCAACAACACUGCCACUGUCACCACCACCACCACUACCAUAGCCACGGUUACCACUGAGGACAGAAAGAAGGACUUCAAAAAAAACCGAUGUCUAUCCAUUGGAAUACAGGUGGAUGAUGCUGAAGAACCUGAGAAAACGGGAGAGAACAAAGCACCCAGUAAGUUCCAGUCUGUGGGCGUACAAGUAGAAGAGGAGAAGUGCUUCCGCAGGUUUACUCGAUCUAACAGUGUGACCACAGCGGUACAGGCUGACCUGGACUUCCACGAUAAUCUGGAAAAUUCUCUGGAAUCUAUAGAGGACAAUUCAUGUCCUGGUCCAAUGGCCAGACAGUUCUCCCGGGAUGCCAGUACUUCCACUGUUAGCAUUCAGGGCUCAGGAAACCAUUACCACGCCUGUGCUGCCGAUGAUGACUUUGACACAGAUUUUGACCCCUCCAUCCUGCCUCCUCCGGACCCUUGGAUUGACUCUAUCACAGAAGACCCCCUGGAGGCCGUGCAAAGGUCUGUGUGCCACCGGGAUGGCCAUUGGUUUCUGAAGCUUCUCCAGGCAGAGCGAGACCGUAUGGAAGGGUGGUGCCAGCAGAUGGAGAGAGAAGAACGGGAAAACAACUUACCGGAAGACAUUCUAGGGAAAAUCCGAACCGCAGUGGGCAGUGCCCAACUUCUCAUGGCCCAGAAAUUCUACCAGUUCAGAGAACUGUGUGAAGAAAACCUGAACCCUAAUGCUCAUCCGAGACCCACUUCCCAGGAUUUGGCGGGGUUUUGGGACAUGCUGCAGUUGUCCAUAGAAAAUAUUAGUAUGAAAUUUGACGAACUUCAUCAGUUAAAGGCCAAUAAUUGGAAACAGAUGGAUCCUCUUGACAAGAAGGAGAGAAGGGCCCCUCCUCCAGUGCCAAAGAAGCCGGCGAAGGGCCCUGCGCCGCUGAUCCGGGAGCGCUCGCUGGAGAGCUCGCAGCGCCAGGAGGCCCGCAAGCGCCUGAUGGCCGCCAAGCGCGCCGCGUCGGUCCGCCAGAACUCGGCCACCGAGAGCGCCGAGAGCAUCGAGAUCUACAUCCCCGAGGCGCAGACCCGGCUCUGAGCCCGCCCGCCCCGCCCACCGCGGGCCCCGCCCUCCAGAAGCCCCGCCCCCGACCCAGCCCCACCUCCUGUCGCCACGCCCCCUCCAAGCUUCCUUCUUUCCCCCCCGCCUCUGUCCACCUUGCUGGAGCCCCCAGCAGCCCCUCUGCUCCCUAGAUCACUCUGCCCAUCUUCACCAAGCUUCGUCCCCUGUCCUGAUGACUC